AUGACUGCGAACCUCCUAGACGACCUAAACUUCGCAACCGCGUGUCGGCACACGUUUUAUCUUCUCCGCCACAAAGUUAACGCGCUCAGACGUCAGAUUCUCGCCUCGCCCUCGUUAGGCCACGCGCAACUCACACUCAAGCGCAAUAAGACGGACCGUCGUCACGAAGGGGUGCUGCAAAUUAUCCUUGCAAAGACGGGAGAUGGCGCAUGCCCAGUUGACGCGCUUCGGAAACUGCUACUUCUCGACCCCAGAGGGCCCGACACCCCAUUGUUCUCUUUCGGCAGAAGACCAUUUAGCCGCAACAACUUCCUCUCGACCUUAUCUACUAAGCUAAGAACACUUGGGAUACAGACACACGGCUAUUCAGGUCAAAGCUUUCGGAAGGGUGCGGCUCAGCAUGCGCACGAUAGUGGGAUACUCGACGACCAGAUUCAGAUGCUAGGGAGGUGGACCUCGGAGGCGUUCAUGGUCUAUUUUACGACGAACGCGUCAGUUCUGUACAAGCUCACCCACCGGUUCCAGACAGGCUCGCCCGCACCGCUGUCUCUGCUGCUUCCACCACCGUCCCCUCCACCAUCCUAG